CAUUAUACACGAGAAGAAGAAGAAGAAGAAGAAGAGGGAAGAAGAAAGAAAGAAAGAAAGAAAGGGAUUGGGGGAAAGGAAAGGAAAGGAAUCAAAAAGAAGGCGCAAGAGGGAAAGGAAAGCCAACUUCCGCGCGGCGUUGGCGUAUUGGAAAAGGAAGAUAUUGUGUGGAAGGAAACAGCAGAGGAAAGAUCGCGAAGAAGCGCACAAGGUUUUGGAUUCCAAAGAGGGAGAGGAAAGGAGGGGAAAAGAAUCGCUGAAAACGAUUGUAAGAGAAAGGGUUUUGAGUGCCUUGCUCUCUCUCUCUCUCUCUCUCUCUCGUUCUCUCAUUGUUUUGCGUUUUGGUUUUUGCGAACGAAGGAAUCGGCGAAGAGAUCUGUGGAUUUCAGCGGAGAUUUGCUUCUGUUCCUGCACUGGGGUGUCGGCCUCUACUCUUGAGAUAAGCAGAAAACAAGCCGCAACGGCAUGCUGUAAGACCUGUGGUGGAAAGCCUUUGGUUAAUGGGAGGGGGUCAUCAUCCAGUAGCAUGCCGGGUGCCGUAGGUCUGGAACUUACCAGUUUUAUCAACUCUGAUUUGACUUGGACAAAGAUUAAGAAAGGUAGUAGGAGUUCAUCAAGGCGGGCUAGGAAAUCACUGCCAAGAAGCUUGAAAAAUAUUGCAGAACUGGUCAAUAAGGAUCCCAAAGCUGUGGACAUGCCUGUUUCUGAAUCUGAGAAGCUCGGAGUGAGUGUUCUUGGGUGCCGCUUCAGUGAAAAGGCAGAACAUGUACCAAUCAAGAAGAGGAGAUUUUUGUUUAGGUCACCAUCUCCGCCACCUGCAGUCCCUUCUCCGUCUCCUGAGAAGACCGGAUUGCUUUUCAAGUUUAAAAAUGAUUUGCAUCAGGAGUUUCGUACCGAAUCAUUGGCCAAAUCUCAACCUGGUGCAAUUAAAGCUGCUGCUUCUACGAACGAUUUGGGUCAAAUCGUAGAUUCUAAUCUUCAUAUUGAUGUGAAGAACCUGGUUAGGGAAAAUGAUAAACUUGAUGAAACUGAAGACUUCUCUGGCAUCUCAAUACUUGCUGCUGCCGCCUGCAGUAACUGUUCUGGAGGAGAUGAUGGUCAUGCUGAGGAGGGUUCGGGAAUGGAAGAAUCUUUUGUGCAUGAGGUUGCUUUUGAGGGUUCAAUGAAUAAUGAAUCAUGUUCGUUGUUGAAGGGAAUUUCCAAGGAAGACCGGAGUUCUGCUGAAAUUUCUAAAGGAGGAGCUGGAUCAUGUAUUUCCAUCAUGCCUGUAGAAGUUGCUGCCUCUUCAAGAACUGCUAAUUCCUCAAACUGCCUAUCUCAUAAAAAUACGACGGAGGGUACAUACACACAGGAUCUUUCUAUGACUACAUCAAAGGAUCUUUCAAGCAAGAAGGAUGAGGGAACAGAUAGACUGCAGGAGUCCUCUUCACGUGAUGAUAGGUUGCACUGGGAUUUAAAUACAGUAAUGGAUGCAUGGGGGCAACCUUUUGAGCAGUGUUCCGAUUCUCAGACCAAUGUUGCAGUUGGCAUCUCUGAAUACGGGAACAGUAUUUAUAGUGAUAGGAUGGGGAGCUCAGAAGAUCAUGAGUUACACAAGCAAAUUGAAAGCAUUGAAGGUAAUGCUGAAAAGGAAACACUAUCUAGUUAUUCUAGAGAUAUGGUACAUAAGACGCAACAAUCAAGCGUAGAAGAACAUAAAUUGGAUGCUUGCACUGAUACUGAUAGGUCUGUUUGCUUGCAAAAAGGGUUACUUUCUUCUGAGAUUGAUUAUGCUCCAAGUAUGGAUUCAGUUCAAGGAACAAAAUCCUUUCACAGUCAAGAGGGUAUUAGCCCUAAUUCUGGAUCUGUUGACUUGGUUCCAGCAGAUAAUGCACUUGGACCUCAAAGUUCUGCUAAUGUGGAUAGAAAUGCUUCAGCCCAGUUUGGAACGUCUGGAUCUACAGGGAGCAAUGAAAGUUCAUCCAUGCAUCAAGCUGGCAUCUCGGAUAUAUGUUCAAAGUUCACUCGUCCUAGACCAAACCAUGGUACAAGCACAUGUGUAUCUGAAGGAAACAGCAAUGCAGCUUCCGUUGGUGUUACUAGUGUGAAGAGAGUAGAUGAUUACACUGCUGGUGUUCCAACAGGUGAAGUUAUAUCCCCUUGUACUCAGGUUGAGAAGCAUGAGAUUGCUCUUUCUCCCAUAGCUUUUUGUAGUAAGGCUGCCUGUGAGAAUGGGGAUGUUGCAGACGACAAUGCUGAGGGUGCUGAAGGAGCUUCCUUUCUUGAUAAUGGGAUUGCCCCUACAAAUACAGUUGGCUUGGAGACCAGUCAACCACAAGAAUUUGGGCCUUAUGAUAAUGUUGUAAAAAACUCUGCUUGUAAGUUGGAUGAAGUGGGUCCUCAAACUUCUCCCAUGUGUAUAGAGACCCCCACCUCUGGUGUACUGGUUGGAGGUCAACCUGCAGUUGUUGUGGGUAUGGCCACGCAGCAAGGCAAAGUUUCUGUUCAAGAUAAUGCUGAAAGUGGUUCUCAAAUGCUGCUCGAUGGUGAGGAACCCAAGCCCUUGGAAAAGUGUGUGGCAUUGUUUCACUCACCCUCUUGUGAUGCAUGCCCAGGUUCUUCUGAUGAGCUUGUUAAUAUUUCUGAUAAGGUGGCUCCAGAAGAACCUUUGGGAAACAAUUAUGGCUCUGAUAUAUGUCAUGAUGAUGGUCAUUUAGUUGGAAUCGAAGAUGCGAGUGAACUUGAGAUGGAUUAUGAUUCUCAGUAUGAAGAUGGGGAAGUCAGGGAAUCCAUUGUGCAUACUUGGGAAGAUUAUCAUGGUGAGGAUGUAGAGAGUGAACAUGUGGAUUAUGGAUCUGACAAUACUAUCACAUUGGGCUGUGAAGGUGAUCAAAUGAUAAAGAAUACCCAGGAAUCUAGCUUCCAACCUCAUCCAAGUGGCUCAUUAUUGACAGAAGUUAUUGUGGCAGGAUCUGGAAUGGAAAGCGCAUUCAGAGGACUCUUAACAGGGAAAGAUGCAAACAAUGUGGUUGGGACAAGUGAUAAUGUUGACAAUAAACUGAGCGUGGGUACUGGCAAGGUGACCAGAAAUAAUGAGAUUGAUGCCAGGGGCGAUGAUGCGAGGAAAGCAAUCCAAUCAGCUAGUUUAGAUAUGAAAAUGACUGCAUGGGAUCAGUUGCUGGAGUGCCAAAAAAAUCCUUCAGAUAUAGAGACUGGAGUCAGAGAUGGCAUCAGCUGGAAGAAAACUGAUGGAGACUCUGUAGGUGAGUUGGAUGCAGAGGAUACUGAGGCAAGGAUUGCUGAGUCGGGAGUGUUUAAGAGGGAUUUGCGGUCGCGAAUUGAAGGCCGAGCAUCACGCAACAUACUUUUUGGAAAGGAUAAGGUAUCUGUGCAGGGAAGCAGAUACAGUGAUACUGAUGAUUCAAAUCCUAGAUUUGAAAGGGAGUCGGGAUCUUUUCAAUCCUUUGGUAGGGGUAGAUAUUCUCGGCAAAAUCACACUAGAGGUCGGGGAGGUGAUCGUUGGGUGGAUUCUUCAGAAAACCAUAGGGGCUUUAAGCGUCACCAUUCUCCUAGUUAUCAUGGUCCAAUGACUCUUCGUCACCUUGGGUCCGAAAAUAAUGCACAUCGGUCUUUUAGAAGAAGUGGAUCACCGGUUGGAAGGGAUGAGGUUUUUGGUGUGCGUGUGGGUGUGGGUGUCGGACCAACUAGAGAGAUGAGCCCGUAUAGGCGUUUGAAUCUUGGCAGGGGAAGGCCCAUAAGAUAUGGUCCUCAAGUUGACGGGAGAGGAACUAGGGGGAGAUAUCAAGGACCACCGCGUGGCAAUUUCCGUGAAUCUUCCUUUAACCAUUCGCAUCCUUCGGCCAGGAGAGAGAGAAGCUUCUCUCCUACAGAAAGAAGAGUGAAUACUCAUGCACAUCAAUCCUGCACAAAAUCUCCAUCAAGAUCUAGAACUCGUUCUCCCAUUUGUGGUACUUCAGGUUUCAGACACAGAAGUAAGUCUCCUAAUUUCAGAUCUGAGGCCGGGAUGCAGAGUCUGCGGUCACCUCACCAGCGGCCUGGCUUUUUGGGUGAUCAUAUGGUAGGUUUUAGGCCACUGCGAAGAGUUCGUGAUUCCCCACCACCUCAUGACCCAAGAUGGAUUGGAGAUAGGAGGGAUGAAGUCAGUCAUUUCAGGGAGCAUGGAUACAAUCAACGUACUUCAGUUCUAGACAAGAGAUUACCUGGGAGAUUUGGCCCACGGGAUGACAGGUUUGACUUGAUGGAUGGCCCUCGAAGCUACAGAUCUUUGCAUCCCGGAAGAUUGUCGGAGAUGGACGGAGUUGGUAGAGGCAGCCUAAGAUAUGAUGAUAGAAGGAAAGAUGUUUAUAAAUACCGAUCAAGUAAUCUUGUAACCCGUAAUGAUACAGAUGGACCGAUCAAGCGCUUUCGUUAUGAUGUUGAAGACGGUUUUGUGGCUGCACGGAACUCUCGUUAUCAGGAUGGUGCUGAUUUCAAUGGCCGAUGGGAACCUAAGGAUUACAACAGGGGCAUUGACAGCCGAGUAGGUGACGUGGCUAGAAGAUCUGGAGUAGGAGGCCCAUAUGAAUUCCAACGAGAUGGGAAAUAUGAUGGUAAAUCAAAUUCGUCUGCAAUGCGGGAAGUAGAAGAGGAUUCAUCUCCUAGGAAAAGACCUUCUUGAUCUUUGUGCCCCAGAGCUCCCUUUUUGCCUUCACAUUGGGUGCAUCUGCAAGCGGACAGAAAUAUACUGACCCUGCUGAUUUUUUUUUCAUCUUCAGCAGGAAAGCAUCCAAACCCUGCAGUUCUCUUUAUAUGCCAGUGCUUGUUGGAUUUGCAUUCACUCUUUUUAUUAUCUUUUUGAAUUGUAGAUGAGGUCUAGUUGUUGCUUCUCAUUUUUGACUUUCCAUAUUAAAUAUAUAUUGUUUUGUGGCCAAUUCUGGGUGAUAUAGCCUCUUUGGUGGCCAUUGAAAUAUAUCAUCAAAUCAAUGAAAAAAGUUCAUUUAUUUGUCA